UGGCGUUUGGCAGCAUUGAUUAAAACGCUUUUCUUCAUUUCUUCAUCGCACCAACGCAGCUAACUUCUCUUUUAUGUCAGUGUAAAAGCACGUCUGAACGAAAAUGGGACGGGUUAUUCGUGCACAACGUAAAGGUGCUGGAUCCGUAUUUAAAUCCCAUACAAAGAGGAGGAAAGGAGCACCAAAGCUACGUUAUUUAGAUUUUUCAGAACGUCAUGGAUAUAUUAAGGGUGUUGUUAAGGACAUCGUACAUGAUCCUGGUCGUGGAGCUCCCUUAGCUCUUGUACAUUUUAGGGACCCUUAUAAAUUCCAAACAAGAAAAGAACUAUUUAUUGCACCUGAAGGAAUGUACACUGGACAAUUUCUUUACUGUGGAAAAAAAGCCAACCUUCAAAUCGGGAAUGUUUUGCCUGUUGGUGCAAUGCCAGAAGGUACCAUCGUAUGUAAUUUAGAAGAAAAAACAGGCGAUCGUGGUCGUCUAGCUCGUGCAUCGGGCAAUUACGCUACAGUUAUUGCUCACAAUCACGAUACAAAGAAGACACGAGUUAAGUUACCUUCUGGUGCCAAGAAAGUCAUUCCUUCCAACAACAGGGCUAUGGUUGGUAUUGUCGCUGGUGGUGGACGUAUUGACAAACCCAUAUUGAAAGCUGGCAGAGCAUAUCACAAGUAUAAGGUUAAACGAAACUGCUGGCCUAAGGUACGUGGUGUUGCUAUGAAUCCCGUUGAGCAUCCCCAUGGUGGUGGUAACCAUCAACACAUUGGUAAAGCUUCUACAGUUAAGAGGGGAACAUCCGCUGGUAGGAAAGUUGGUCUUAUCGCUGCCCGUAGAACUGGUCGUAUUCGUGGAGGUAAAGUUGACGCGAAGAAGGAAGAUUAAGUAUAAAAUGAUAUAUGUCGUGAGUGUUUCUUAUGGAUUUAUUUUUUGUUAAUGUUUCAUAUGAAAUAUAUGUACGACAUGUAAUAUA